AAACCCAGCACUGCUUUCAUUUUCACACCAAACCCACCCUUUUUAUUAUUCCCCUUCUUUCCCCGUCCUACUCCAUUCUCCUCUUCUUCUUCCCCAAAAUAUUGAAAACUCACUUUCUACUCAACCCCCUCCUUUUUAUUACACGAACUCUUCAUCUUCAGACAACCUUUUCAAGAACUCGAAACAGAGGACAAGGGGUGUUUAAGGAAACCAUAAUGGGCAAAUGGAGAGUGGUCUUAAUACUCUCCACACUACAACUCCUAACUCUUCUUACACCAACAAAACCAGAUCCGAAAGACGAAUCAUGUCUUACCCACUUAAGCCAAUCACUUGAAGACCCAAACAAGAACCUCCAAAACUGGACCAAAGCCACUUUCUCAAACCCAUGUACUGGCUUCACCUCGUACCUCCAAGGCGCCACUUGUAAUAACGGCCGUAUCUACAAACUCUCUCUCUCGAAUCUCUCUCUCAAAGGCUCCAUCUCUCCUUAUAUAGCUAACUGCACUAAUCUCCAAGCUCUUGACUUAUCGUCAAACGCUCUAUCCGGUUCAAUCCCGACCGAUCUUCAGUUCCUCGUGAACCUAGCGGUUCUUAACCUCUCGGCGAACCAUCUCUCCGGUUCGAUACCUCCGCAGAUUGCCAUGUGCGCGUACCUAAACGUUAUAGAUCUUCAUGACAACGUGUUAACCGGUCCGGUUCCGCAGCAGCUCGGUCUUUUAGUCCGGCUCUCGGUUCUCGAUGUUUCGAAUAACAAGCUCUCCGGUCCAAUUCCGGGUAAUCUCGGGAACCGGACCGGUUUGCCGAGAUUCAACGCGUCGUCGUAUGAGGGCAAUAAAGAUCUGUAUGGGUACCCUUUGCCACCUAUGAAGAAUAAAGGGCUUUCGAUUCUAGCCAUUGUAGGGAUUGGGCUUGGAAGUGGGCUUUUGAGUUUGGUCCUUAGCUUCACAGCUGUGUGUAUUUGGUUGAGAGUCACUGAUCGCAAAACGGCGUCGGCUGAACAAGAAGGCAAAAUCACACAGCUCAUGCCUGAUUAUUAAAUUCAAUUAAUCACUCAGUAAUGUGAUGCUUGCUCAUCUACGAUUCCAGAACAGGGACUGGGGACCGGGCAGGGGUGUCUUCUGCUGCUACUCAAUUGAACCGGGUAAAAUGUAUUUAUAAUAACUACCGUUAUUCGAAGUGCUUACAAUACCUUACACGGUUGAUCAAUGCAUUUGUAUAUGGGUACAGAGAACCGCGAGGAUCACCUGAAAACUUGGUUUGGUUUUCAUAAAUCUACGAUUCUCGCGGUUUUCAUAUUCUCCGGUGAGGGGUACCCUACAUGUUUAGCUUACAUUUGCAAGGAUGCAACUAUACAAUUUUUGAAGAUCACGUUUGCCCCUCUUUCUGUUUUUUGAAGAUCACUCCCACCGAAAGUUUAAAAUUAGUCAAAGUUUGGUUUUGAGUCAAAUCAUCAACGGCACCAUCAAGAAUGGCAUGUACACACAUAAACAUACAUAUGGAGUAUCAUGCAUACCCUACAUGUACAGGUAACAAUUGAUGAAUGCAAAUCAUCACGCAAAGGGAACACUUUGUGCCUCGUAUGAGUGCUUUCGUUUACAAUUUGUGUGUACAGUCCUUUGUGGUAAAUUUUUGGCUUGGGAAAAAUAAAGGAGUGGUUGUAUGUAAUUUAGGACCAGGAGACCAUCAGAAAUGCCAGGACCAUGCUUCCUGGCUCCCUGUUUGCCUUUUACUUUUAUCACCCCACCUUGCUUUUUACUCAAA